AUGUUUCUGCCAUCGUCAGGAUUGAGGAUGAUACAAGAAACAGAUGGCGAGGAAAUUUCUUACAUGGGUACAUCAGCAAGUGAACAUGCAACUGACACCAUUAUGGAAAUAGAUGAUGCAGCCGAUGGUACCACGGCUACAGAUAAUGAAUGUAGUAAGGCUGUUUUACGUAAACCGAAAUCAGGUCGAUGGUGGAAGUCGAUUCGGAAAGAAAGAUCUUCCGCUGUUGUAAAAGUAAAACCGCUGAAGUCCUCAUGGGAACGUAAGAUGCGUGUAAAAGCAGAAUUGGAAAAUGUUAAAAAGAUGCAGCAAGAAGUGCGUAAUAAGUUAGCUGCCAAAAAAGCGGCUAAAAUAGAAGCUCGAAAGGAGCAUGAAAGGAGACAAAAGGAAAAUGAGAGAAAAGCAGAAAUCGUCCAAAUUAUUAAGAAUACAGAAAAGCUGAAGAAAACGAAAAAGAAGCUGUUAAGGAGAAUCGAGAAACGUGACACGACUGAAGUCCAAUGAAAAAUUACUUUUUGGAUUACCAUUGUUUUACCGCUCUCGUUCAUUGAUGUAAAUUUAAAAAGUUUCACAGCCUUAAUAGAAACCAACG